AAUGACAUAUCCAAAGACACACUCCAACAACAACAACAAAUUUGACACACUGAAUAUUAGACACUAACAGACAUUUUCGGUGUAAUUUUCUAACAAAAUGUUGAAAGCAAUUCUCCCAGUUGUUCGCAGUGGCUACCAAACCAUCUUACAAGUAAAAGAACCGCUUUUCGCUCAACCAACACGAAAUACAUUCAUCCUAAAACGUCGAUGGCAACCCAGACUACAUAAAAAGAAUGAGAAACCCCAUGUCAUGCGGGGAAAGUUCUAUUGUUAUGAUCUCGUUGAAGAUCGAAGCACAAAGAAACGUCCCGAUCUUGAAGUUGUUUUGACGGCAUUUGUAGCUGGAGUUGGCGAUCGCGGGGACAUUAUCACGGUGCCAAGAACGCGGGCUUACAAUCAACUGCUAUUACCCGGAUUAGCCGUGUACAAAACUGAUGAAAACCUUAAAAAGUACGCCAGUCUGAAGAACACUAAAAAUGAAGUCGAGCAUAGUUCUCCCUAUGCCGCAAGAACCGUAAGAGUCCUAGAAAAGCGCGUCCUGUCUAUUAUUAUGAAUAAAGAUGAGCCAUGGGUUUUGGAGCCGUGGCACGUUAGAGCAUCGCUACGGAAAGCUGGUAUGCAUGCAGUUGAAGAGGCAAUUGAAAUACCGAAAGAACCAAUCACCGGUCCGGACCUAAUGAAAGAAGGCAAGGAAUUUAUGGUGACCAUUACAGUGAACAAUUUGGAGAAAGCAAAUGUACGAUGUCGCAUCCAUCAUUGGAGCACAGACCCGAGCAAUAGAUUGCCGUAUGUUGUUGAUCCGUGGAAAUUGCCAGCAGAGCCAUUAUUUGGAAAAGCUGAUGCUGGUAGUGUUUGAUUGUAACAAUUUUUAUAGAAUUCGCUUGGAAUAAAUUCGUCUAAUCAGAAACGCUA